GGUGCGCGCAGCGGGCAGCGGUAACUCCAUUCCCCUCGCAGCGACCCUCCGCCGGCGCGGAGCAACCCCUCCCCUUCCCGGGUUCCCCCACCCGGCUCCGCGCAGAUAUGGCCAGCGGGGGACUGCAGCUCCUGGGCUUCGUGCUGGCCUUUUUAGGCUGGAUCGGUAUCAUCAUCAGCACCGCCAUGCCCCAGUGGAAAAUGGCAUCCUACGCGGGGGACAACAUCGUUACUGCCCAGGCACUCUACGAGGGGCUAUGGAUGUCGUGCGCCAUGCAGAGCACGGGGCAGAUCCAGUGCAAGGUGUACGACUCGCUGCUCAAGCUGGAAGGUCAUCUGCAGGCCACCCGGGCUUUGAUGGUGGCUGCCAUACUCCUGGGCCUUGUUGGCAUUUUUGUUGCUGUGACUGGUAUGAAAUGUAUGAAGUGUAUGGAAGAUGACCAAGUGAAGAAGAUGCGGAUGGCUGUCUUUGGUGGGGUGAUCUUCAUCAUUGCAGGUCUGGCAGCACUGGUGGCCACAUCAUGGUACGGCAACAGAGUGGCUCAGGCCUUUUACAACCCUUACACCCCUGUCAACACCAGAUUUGAGUUUGGAUCAGCUCUCUUCAUUGGCUGGGCAGCUUCUUCUCUGGCCAUACUGGGGGGAUCCUUCCUCUGCUGCUCCUGUCCACGGAGAGAAACUUCAUAUCCACCCAGCCGAGGCUAUCCAAAAAAUGCCCCCUCCACAGGGAAGGAUUAUGUAUAAUGAAAUAAAGAAGAGGAGCCACCAGCACUGGUAGUGAAAGAGUUUUGGAGAGGACAAUACAAUGCCGCUGUCCUGAGCAGAGUUCAGACUCUAGGUUCUGCCUUCCUCUUCUCCCCAAAAUGUGUAUAUUUUUGUAAUCCUCUUUGCUACUGGACAUAACUUCUCCUUUUCUCUCCCAGCCCAUGGAGGAAGGCUAGCCUAGCUUCAUAGGUAUUGCCACUGGAAAGAUGAAACCUCCAAGCUUGGGUUAAGUUUAGUAUUUGGGAGUAAAAGGGAAAAUGAUACUGUUGUGUUUUGUUUUUUUUUUUAGAUGGAUGUUGGUGCUUUUUUAGUUUUUUUUAUUUUAAAAAAAUAGAUGGUAACAACUCAGUCCCAUAUCCCAUUAAGUUAGAGCCCAGUGUGAGGUGUGUAGAAAUUAAAAGAAACAUGCUAUAUACAAAGUGAUGAAACCAAUAGUUUAAGGGGAAACAGAAUUUUAGGGAAAGACUUUACAUAUAGGAAUGUUUGAAGGAAUCUAAAAUGCUCUUGUACUUGCUGUGUCAUCUUCAGCACCCCCCUUUCUGUGCAGAUCUGCAUGACAAAGGGUCAGGCACAAAUUGCAGUGACUUAGAUUAAAAAUCUGUAACUAUCCAUGCAUAGGCUGUUGGCCAACAGAGGUGGCUUGGCUUAACUCGAUGUCAUCACUUUUUUUUUUAACAAGGUCUUGUAGGUUGAUUGUAUCUGAGCCAAAGGCUGCAAAAUUGUGACUACAGAAGUUAGCAGGCUCACAACACAGCUGCAGGUUCCCCUGGUGCCAGGGAAGAGAUGAAGUGAUUGCUUUCUGUCUUCACUGGGUGUCUGGUGAGGCUUUUGCUGCUGUUCCUUAGAGUGCUGCCAGUGAUUGCUUCUCCAUGUUGCCACCCUGGUACCUAACUAAGCUUGAAGCUUUAUCUCCCCUUGUAUUCCAGGCCACCUUUUAGCAAACUCUUCUAUUUCCUUGAGUCUUUCUCAUUUUGGGCUUAGUUACUGAUCUUGAUUUGCAGCUACCUGUGUUUUAACCAAACUAAAUGCACUGCUGCUCCCUGAUGUUUCCCCAAGGAUACCUCACAUGUGACCAUUUGAUCUUUUUUUUUCCCCUGUAAACACUUUCAAUGAUAUGAAGGCAAAUCCCAAGGAAACUGACAUAAAGGUUAUGGCAUUUUCUUCUAAUCCAAGUUUACCAAAGAGGAGGAAACAAAUAUUUUAAAGAUAAAGCCAUCCUUGCAUAUAAGGUAAUCUUUAAAAAAAAAAGAAAAAAAAAAU